UUAGCGACGGGCUGCGGUUGGUGGUUGUUCUGAUCAAGAUGGCUGCUGUUGUUCUGGAUGGAGAAUAAGACCGAGCUUUCAUCCGAACAUAGGCCGAGGAAACGCACCGAAACACGCAUAGCAACCGGUACCGACACACGACUGGACCCAAAUCCGGAUCCCCGGAGCCGAACCCGAUUCUCUCGUCAAGGGUGCAGCAGUGACACACACAGACAUGGAUACCACUACCUCCAUCAAGAUGACCACCCUGGCCAUCCAGAACCUGUUCAGCUACGUGGAGGAGGAGAACCUGAGCGCUCUCAAGGCUCACCUGGACCGCUUCAAGGAGGUGGACGGACGCAGCGACAACGGUCAGACUCCUCUGAUGGUGGCGGCGGAGCAGGGCAGCCUGGAGAUUGUCCAGGAGCUCCUGAGGCGAGGAGCCAACGUCAACCUGGACGACGUGGACUGCUGGUCGGCUCUAAUCUCUGCAGCUAAAGAAGGUCACGUGGAGGUGGUGAAGGAGCUGCUGGAGAACAGCGCCUACAUUGAGCACAGAGACAUGGGCGGCUGGACGGCUCUCACCUGGGCGGCUUACAAAGGUCGCGUGGAGGUCAGCGAGCUGCUGCUGGAGAACGGAGCCAACCCCAACACUACGGGACAGGUAACACACACAGAGCGGAACGACCUUUGACCCCAGCAGGUGUUU